UCGAACCCGGUUGGGGCAUGGAGCACGUGGCCACGUGGAUGAUACGCGUGGGGGUUUGGUAACUUUAAAGAGUUUAUCUAUAAUAGAGUUUUAUACAUUUGUUGUUGUUGUUUGUGUUAGAUCGCGUAAAUAUAAGUACGUCGUUAAACCCGCCACGUCGACAGAACGUGCCCAAUUCGUGACUGGUACAGCGUGAUCACCGGUGCGCUUAGGAGAGUAUAUCCGCGGCAUUUACAAUCUUAACGAGUUUAAAGUGUUUAUUCUCUUGUGCGAUGUAAAAGGCACGGUAGCGUUGGUAUUUAGGUCACGUUGGUGAUGCAGAGGGAAGGAAAAUAGGGAAACGCCCGCCUAGUGCUGCGUGAGAAUCACCGUCAAGCCCCGCCACCAUGACUGCGGUGGAGACGCGGUUGUGUGAGCUGCUGCUGCGCGAGCACUUUGGGGAGCUGGUAUCACGGGCCGGCACGCACCUGGUGCACACGGGACCGCAGCCGCUGCGCCUUGUUGCCCUUGGCACCGGCCUCAACCUGGACCAGGUGAAGAAGGCGCUGUGCGUGUUGCUGCAGCACGGGAUGGCGUCCUUCAAGACGGGGAAGCGUGGCGCGAGCGGUCCCACCUGGGUGGAGUACACAGCGGAUUACGCUGCGAUGCUACGCAUGCUGCGCUACACGCGCUACGUGUACUGCGCCAAGACACUGUACGGCGACGCGGGUGAACUGCUGAUCGAAGAGACACUGCAGCAUGGGCAGCUCACAAUGAGCGCCGCCGUGCGCCGCGUUGCCGACCGCAUGGCCAGCACCGCUGACGAAGGCAAGACGGUGGAGUACAGCGACGUAGCUGCGGCGUUCACAAACCUGGUGAACACACACUUCCUGCAGCGGUGGCUGUCGGGGAAGGAGGAGGGGGAGGGUGCCCGUCCAGAGGCUGCCCCCACGCUGGUCUCCAACGAGACGGACAUGUACACUGUGCCCAAGAUUCCCCUAAUCGGGCAUGGGAAACGGCGCCUCUCUGCUGACAGUGACGAUUUGGAUGCACACCCGGCGAAAAAGAGGAAAGUCGAGGAGCCACUUCCUGAUGAUGGAAUCUACUGGAGGGUCAACUUUGAACGUUUCCACCAGCAUUUCCACAACCAGGCCAUCGUCAGUGCCGUGGCCAGCAAAUUAGACAAGACAGCAGGCGAGAUCGUGAGAACCAUGCUGCGGAUGAGUGAGUUGACGACGCCACCCAACACGGCCUUCACCCAGCUGCUCGCGUCCACCGAGAUUUUCCGGUCCCUCCCACCGGAGUAUGGCAUGACGAAGCCAGUGUUGGACCAGUAUCUGAGUCUGCUGGCAGAUGAUCCGAUGGAGUUUGUGACCAAGUCUGGCGAGAGUGGAGGUGGAACAUUCAUUGUUAAUUUGCUAAAAUCUCUGAAAACCAUGGCCCGAUGUACGUUGGAAUCCAUCGUGCAAGAAAGGUUUGGUUCCCGGGCAGCUCGCAUCUUCCGUCUGCUCCUGCAAAAGCGGCAUCUGGAACAGAAGCAAGUGGAAGACUUCGCCAUGAUUCCGGCCAAAGAGGCCAAGGAGAUGCUGUACACGAUGGUCUCGCAGAACUUUGUCACUCUGCAGGAGAUCCCUAAGGCGGCGGACUACGCGCCCGCGCGCACGUUCUACUUGUACACGGUGAACGUGGAACAGACGGCGCGGUUCAUCUUGCAGAGGUGCUACAAGACUGUGACGAAUCUUAUCGCAAGACGGCACCAUGAAACUAAAGAGAACAAACGCCUCUUGGAGAAGGCCCAGCGCAUCGAGGCGAUCCUAGCAUCGGUGCAGGCGUCUGGUGCCGACGAGGCCCAGCUUCAGGAGAUCGAGGAGAUGAUCACAGCCACCGAGCGCCAGCAGCUGGAAAAUCUCAAGCGCACCGUCAACAAGCUCGACAAGAGUGAGAUGCAGGUGGACGAGACCGUCUUCCUGCUGGAGACAUUCCUGCAGGCAUCACGGCCGCAGUGACCGCUACGUACUCCAGGGACCCGUGCUGUUUCAAGCCCCCGCGUCGACUCCUGCAAGUUGAGAAGUGGAGAAUUCUGUCAACACGUGUUGUAACGUUUCCGAAGGCCAACAGAAUCUCGGUCAACACCCAAAUACAUCUUGCCGCACGUUGCACCUGCUCAAUAAUAUCUGUUGAAAAAAAAAUACACAAAAGGUAGUAUUCUGAAGUUUGCAACGCUUCCGCUGAGAGAGACUUAAUUCAGGCAAACCCAGCUGACUGAUGGUUUGUUUGAGUUUGGGAGUUUCUGUAAAAGUCUUACAAAAUUUUGAAAUUUACACUCCCGUGGGCUGAUAUUUGCCAGGAAGCAUGCACGGCCCCACGCCCUUCCUGCCGCGCUGCAAUAUUUGCUUUGGAGGACCCCGCUAAGGCCCGCGGUGGUGCUGCUAACGGCCCGCAUCCCGCUCGACAUCCCCUUGAGUGCCAUCUCAAAAAUAGGAAAGUGGCAAUAUUUGAUUGAAUUUUUUUAUUAAUGUAAAAGGUGGUGUUGGCAGGGGUGGAGGAACGCUUUGGCACUGUUUCCCGGCCAAACUCUUUUGUCUUUUGUUAAUGUUUUAGUCUUGAGACGUCACAUCGCAAAAUGUGGUCUCUCACAAGUCACGCUCGUUUGCCUUUCCCUUCUGUGUAUCUGCUCUAAAGAAAGGCCAUUGUCCACUCUGUUAGCUUGCCAUUUUCUCAGUUGAAAAAGCAUCUCUAACGAUAACUGCGGUGUAAUAUUUCAGGGCUGGUACUGUGUGACAGGUGUCGGUUGCGUUCACGGCCAUGGCAGCAUUUGUGAAAAUCGUACAACCGAACAAAGCUUAGCCCUGAAUUGUUUUUUUUUGGUUCACAUUCACUCGGCAUGUGCUUCUCCGUCCGAAAGCGGACGUCUACAAUUGGAAUUUACGCAGCGUAAAAAAUAAUGUUGGCCAGUGGUCGAAACAAAUAACAGUGUGGCAGCCAAAGGAGUGAACACAUACUGCACACCACAGAAGUGGAGCAAUGAAUGGCUCCAUACUCUUAGGUUUUUUCGGUAAAGUCACGUCGGUAAAAAAUAAAAUUAAAGGUUAAUAAAAGUAAUAAUGGAAAUAAAAUAAAAUAAUAAAUCACGACGUUUCAGAGGCAACACAAGUCUCCGUCAUCAGGUGGGACGGUCACAGCUAAAAUUACUGCAUCAAGUAUUUUAUUUCCAUUAUUACUUUUAUUAACUUUUAAAAUAAUUUUUUACCUACGUGACUUUACCGAAAGAACCUAAGAGUAUGAAUCUUUGCAGUCACGAAAGCUUCAAAUCUAGAAUGAAUGACUCGUGUGCAGGCUCGAUGGACUGUUGCAUCGUGAGACCAUGAGAGAUGGUAGUGGUAGCUUCGGGAUUCCUUAAUACAGCAGUGGACGGGUCGCGGCUGCUUGCCGGUGAUUGGUGUAUAUCAUGUAGCUCUCAACAUUUCAGGUUGAACUUUGCUGAUAAUUUAAUGGUACACUGGAACAUAAACUUUCCUGCCCCAGGGUGAAAGAAAAAAAACCCAAAAUGUUUCCUGUUACUUUUUGCGAAUAAAACUGAAAAUACGUUAA